AUGGAAAAACUGGGCGCUGAGCUCACGGGGGUCGAAUCGCCCCAGGACUCUUCGGAAUCGCGCUCGUUCGAGGGAAGUGUAACCCAGUACAACCACACAAAGCGGCAUUUGAAACCUCGCCAUAUCCAACUCUUGGGUAUCGGUGGAACCAUUGGCACCGUUUUGUUCGUUGGCAUCGGCAGAGGAUUGAUCAACGGAGGUCCAGGGUCUCUCUUGAUCAGUUUUAUCUUUUGGGCUUCUGUGGUGCUGGCCGUGACGGCGUCGUUGUCAGAGAUGAUCUCCUACCUGCCAAUCUCCUCGCCAUUCAUCACCCUUGCUGGCCGCUUCGUCGAUGACGCUUUCGGCGUUGCCGUCGGGUUCAACUUUUUCCUGCUCGAGGCAUUUCUGGUACCUUUUGAGCUGACUGCCCUCAACAUCGUCCUCCAUUUCUGGACCACUCGAAUUCCCGUCGCCGUGGUAGUGGUUGUUGGCCUCAUACUGUACACGAGCAUCAACGUUUUCGGCGUGAAAUAUUUCGGCACCACCGAGUUCUACCUGUCGAUGCUCAAGGUGCUUCUAGUCUUUGGCCUGACCUUCUAUACCCUUGUGACAAUGUGUGGCGGGAAUCCGGAUCAUCAUGCCUAUGGUUUCGAAAACUGGGGAAAGGGAGGCGCCUUUGUCGAAUAUUACACGACAGGGGACACCGGAAGAUUCCUGGGCUUCUUACAGACUCUCAUCCUGGCCACCGUGACGGUGACGGGGCCUGAACUGGUGUCCAUGGCCGCUGGAGAGGCGGAGAACCCCCGAAAGGUCAUGCCUCGCGCGUACAAGGCCGUCUUCUGGCGACUGAGUCUAUUCUUCAUCCUCGGUGCCCUCUGCGUGGGCAUCGUCGUCCCGGCCAAUUCAGAGGCAUUGGCCAACGCGUACGCCACGUCGGGGUCGAAUGCAUCUUCGAGCCCGUACGUGAUUUCGAUGCAGAGCUUCGGGAUCCCCGUGCUCCCGCACAUUGUCAACGCCGUCCUCUUGACAUCUGCCUUUUCCGCCGGAAACGGCUACUUUUUCGCGGCGACCCGAACACUCUACGGACUGGCGCUGCGUGGCAAAGCUCCCCGGAUCUUUGCCAAAACGACCAAAGCGGGAAGUCCAAUUUAUGCCGUCGGGGCCGUGCUUUGCAUCGGUACCCUGGCGUUCAUGCAGGUCUCCAACUCAUCCGCGAAAGUCUUCUCGUGGAUCGUCUCAUUGGUUACCGGCGGCAUGUUGAUCAAUUACGCGGCCAACUGUUACACCUAUCUCAGAUUUAGAAAAGCGUGUAUGGUGCAGGGGCUUGCGCGAGAGAAGCUGCCGUACAAGGGUUACUUCCAGCCGUAUGCCGCUUACUACGGCAUUUUCUGGAACGUUCUCAUGAUGCUCCUGAACGGGUUCGGAGUCUUUCUCAAAGGAAACUGGGACGUCCCGACGUUCUUCUUCGCCUACACCAUGGUCGGCGUUUUCCCGUGCGUCUUCCUGUUCUGGAAACUUUUCAAGCGGACCAAGCAGAUCCCUUCGGAGCAGGUGGAUCUGCGAUCGGACGUCGCGGAAAUAGAGGCCUACGAGGCCAGCUUUGUCCCCGUCAGAUCAGUGUUUUGGCUUGAUAGAGUCCUCGACAGGAUCUUCGAUUAG